UAAUACGUAAGUUUUUAUGAAUAUAGAGUUGUCUUCGUUAGAAAGAGAUUUAUCCUCUGACAGUUUGAGGUGAGACUUUGCAACUGGGUUCGAAUUUAAUCAAACUUGAACACACGUACUUAACACCAGGCGAAGAAUCAAAAAGGAAAAUUCAAUUUUCUAUAUAAUGAUGGCAAAAGGUUCAACUUUCCCACCACAUUGCUUCUCCCACUUUCCAUUGACCUCAAUUGAUGUCUCUCAAAUUCUUCAUACCACUCUUUGAUUCUUUCCCAUGGCCCCUUCAAGAACUCAAUAUUGAGCAAAAGGGUGUCUUAUUUUCCUAUUUUCUUGGCCUUUUAGCUUUACUAUACUUCCUUUGGCUUCUCAUCAACAAGUCAAAAAAUGGACAACCACCACCAUUGCCACCAGGACCUAAACCUUUGCCUUUGAUAGGCAAUCUCCAUUCUCUUGAUCCUGAACUCCACAUAUAUUUUGCAUCUCUAUCCAAAACUUAUGGCCCCAUUUGUUCACUCUGGCUUGGUAGAAAAGUUGGUAUUGUUAUUACUUCUCCUGCGAUAGCUCGCGAGGUGCUUAAGGAUCAAGAUACCAUAUUUGCUAACAGAGAUGUAACUGCUGCCGGUAGAGAAGCUACAUAUGGUGGCAAAGACAUAACAUGGACUCCUUAUGGACCGAAAUGGCGUAUGUUGAGGAAAGUCUGUGUUCGGGAUAUGCUUAGUGGUUCUACUUUAGAUUAUGUAUAUGCUUUAAGGCGAAAGGAACUUAGACAGACGAUUAGCUACUUCUAUAAUCAGAAGGGAUUGUCAGUGAAUAUGGGUGAACAGAUGUUCUUGACUGUGCUUAAUGUGAUUACAAACAUGUUAUGGGGUGGUACAGUAAAGGGUGAGGAAAGAGCUAGUCUUGGAGCUGAGUUUAGGCAUGCUGUGUCUGAGAUGACUGAGUUGUUCGGUACUCCAAAUGUUUCCGAUUUUUACCCGGGCUUGGAAUGGCUUGAUUUACAAGGUGUUACAAAGAAGAUGAAAGUGUUGGCGAAGAGAUUUGAUGAGAUAUUUGAGAGCAUGAUUGAUAAAAGACAAAAAUUGGAUAGAAAUGGUGAGAUUGGAAAUGGUGUUGGUCAAGGAAGCAAGGACUUUUUGCAGAUUUUGCUGAAGUUGAAAGAUGAAGCAGAUGCCAAAAUGCCUCUGUCUAUGGUUGAAAUCAAAGCCUUACUUAUGGAUAUGGUUGUUGGUGGAACUGACACAACCGCCAACACAGUUGAGUUUGCCAUGGCUGAAAUUAUGAACAGACCAGACGUCUUGAGGAAAUUACAACAAGAACUAGAGACAGUUGUGGGAAAAGAUAAUAUUGUGGAAGAGUCUCAUAUUCAGCAAUUACCUUUUCUCUAUGCAGUUAUGAAAGAAGUCUUGCGCAUACAUCCAGCUCUUCCACUCUUGGUGCCACAUUGUCCUAGUGAGACAUGCACUGUGGAAGGAUACACUGUUCCUAAAGGAUCUCGUAUUUUCAUAAAUGUGUGGGCUAUACAGAGAGAUCCUUCUAUCUGGGAAAAUCCUACUGAGUUCCUUCCGGAGAGAUUCUUGGACGAUAAAUGGGACUAUAGUGGGAAUGAUUUCAAUUACUUUCCAUUUGGUUCUGGCAGAAGAAUCUGCGCGGGAAUAGCCAUGGCAGAGAGGAUGUUCAUGUAUUCACUGGCUUCGCUCAUUCAUUCUUUCGACUGGAAGUUGCCUGAAGGAGAGACAUUAGAUCUUACGGAGAAGUUUGGUAUUGUUUUGAAGAAGAAAGUGCCUCUAGUGGCUAUACCUGUUCCAAGAUUAUCUAAUCCGACACUCUAUGAGUAAGAUAAAGAUGUUGCUCUAUCCUGGCAAUGGUCUUAUGGACAACUCAAAGUUCCAUGUGAAAUGGUUAAUUUCCAACAACUCCUUUGACAUUUGCUGUCUCCAGUUUCCUGCCUUUUUCUUGUGUUUUUAUUAUGAGUAUAGGCUAUGUGUUUGUAGAGAUGAUGCUUCUGUCGUUUGUAUGAUCAACUAUGAAAAUGUGUUCCCUGUAACUGGGAUCCACUUGAAAUCAAUUCACAGGUUUCUGUGUA